GUAUCUUGCUGUGUUUGGAACUUUGGGUAGAGUUGAGAGUUCCAAUUUUCGCAUCCAGUUAUUUGCUGCGGGAGAUCGAGAAGAAACUCAGAAAACACGACAUCAUCGAGAGUGAGGCCACCAGAUGUUCCCAAUGCCUCGUCGGAGCAGGCAGCCAAUCAUUAACCUCCCGCCAGCAGAUCGAAUAUUCGAUAGGAUGCUUAUGGUUCUUAUUUAAGUUCUCUCCCAAGGUUGAAAUCAAAAUAAGGCGCCAUGGUCCGACCCAAACCUUGAAAAAAGACUCGCUCUACUUCAUUGUCCCUCAUUAAGGUUUAAUGUUUGACCACGAGUCGGAACCGACACUUCGAGAUUCGAGAACUUCUCAAGAGCGUCCGAGGUUUGGAAAUGGUGGAGUUUACAAGUUUAACUCAUUGGCAUCAUCUUGGUUCACUCUAUUUCUUCCAGAAAUUCAAUCAAUGGUGGAGCGAAUAUCGACCAUUCUGGAUCGUGCUCGGACCAACGCUCUAAUCAAUCUCGCGGCUGGCCGUGGCUGCUGCAAUUUCCAAUGGCCGCCACGGUGCCACCCGCCCAGCACUGAUAAUACUACGUACGCACUGAGUCCUGAAGCUCCUUGUCGGAUGAACUACGGAGUAUUUCGCUCGAGAUUACGGUGUAAGCCUGCAUUAUUGAGAAAGGGACGAGGUGCAUCCCCAUACCGAAGUAAUGCCGAGCCGGCCACUUUCGAAGAGAAGAUACUCUGGAAGGUAGGUGAGGCGUCCGAACCCAAAUAUAGCGUUGGACCUUCGUCCGAGAAUAUCCCACAGGAUACCGAUGAUGUAAUUUCCGCCUUUCUAUUCUGAAACCAGACGGGACUGUGCAGUGUGCAGUGACACUGUAUUCAGCACGGUCGGUGCUUGACGAGGCCGAUGAGUCUUGACUUGUUUGAGCCUUUUGAGGGGCAAAAAGGGUCGCGGAGGUCGCGGAGGCCGCAAGUCU